GUGAUGGGUAAAUCCCUUAAAAUAGGGUGGUCUAAAGCCCCGCCCAUCUUUUCACUUUCGUAUUAAAAAGUUACUCUAGCACUCCACAGUCGAGUCCAGCUCUAGCUCCAGCUCUAUUUGGAAAUGGCUCUAGCUGGGAAGACUCUCUUCAUCACUGGAGCGAGUAGGGGCAUUGGCAAGGCCAUCGCAUUGAGGGCUGCCCGGGACGGAGCCAAUAUUGCCAUAGCAGCUAAGACUGCCGAGCCCCACCCCAAGCUACCCGGCACCGUCUACACAGCUGCCAAAGAGUUGGAGGAGGCGGGUGGUAAUUGUCUACCAUGUGUCGUGGACAUUCGUAACGAUGCGGACUUGGAGAGGGCAGUACAAGAAACAGUGGACAGGUUUGGAGGUAUUGAUAUCCUUGUGAACAACGCGAGUGCCAUCAGUCUCACGGGUACCACUGAGACAGCCAUGAAGAGAUAUGACUUGAUGAUGAAUGUUAACACUCGUGGAACAUUCCUAGCGUCAAAGUUGUGCAUCCCUCACAUGAAGAAGAGCUCCAACCCGCACAUCCUCAACAUUAGCCCACCUCUCAACCUGAAGCCAGGCUGGUUCUCCAAUCACUGUGCAUACACGAUAGCCAAAUACGGGAUGUCAAUGUGUGUCUUGGGCAUGGCUGAGGAACUGAAGCCGGUGGGCAUUGCAGUCAACGGUCUCUGGCCCAGAACUGCCAUAGCAACUGCAGCUGUGGAGAUGCUGGGAGGAGACGAGCUUGUCAAUAUGUCACGGAAGCCUGAGAUAAUGGCGGAUGCAGCCUACCUCAUUCUGACCAAGAACAGCAAAGAGUACACAGGUCAAUUCCUUAUUGAUGAUGAUGUUUUGACAGAGAGUGGUGUCACUGAUUUGGACCAGUACGCUCACGCUCCUGGCAAUCAGCUCAUGCCUGACUACUUCCUUGACGAUGCUGAGAAAUUCAGGGACGAGUGGGUUAAGGAGAACAAACCCUCUGCUGACUCUGGCAGCUCAAUGGGACCGCUAUUUGCUAAAAUUCAACCUCUAAUUACCGCAGAAGUAAUCGCCAACAUUUCUGCCACUUACAAGUUUGCUAUCACUGAGGAAACUCCAGAAUAUUGGUUCCUGGAUUUGAAGAACGAUGGUUCUGCCGGCCCAUGUGAAGCUGACAAAGAGGCUGAUGUAACUCUUGCCUCCAAUGCUCAGGUUAUGAUGGGAAUGUUCACUGGCAAAGUGAGUGCCACCUCGGCCUUCAUGAAGGGAGAAUUGAAGAUAAAGGGUGACAUUGUGAAAGCAAUGUCGCUAGAGAAAGUAUUGAACCAAGUUAGAUCUAAACUAUAGAAGUGCAUGCUCUUUGAACUCUAGGUUUGGCACAUAGUAUUAUGUAAAAUUGUGGCUCAUAUUGCUCAUUUGCAUUGUAUAGAUCUUGUUAUAAGUUAUAGCAAAAUACAUUAUAAAAA